AUGCUCCAGUUGUGGGCGUGGUCCCUGGUGGGGGGGGUGCAGGAGGCAACCCAUCAAUGUGUCUCUCUCGAUGUUUCUAUCUCUGUCCCUCUCCCUUCCUCUAUCUCUAAAAUAAAAACGUAUUUUUUAAAAAACUGUCUUCAUCAAUCUUGUCACUGGUGGCACCUCUUGGGACAAAAUCAAAAUAGUAGUAGUAGGAACACCACCCACCUGGGCAGUGGAGUAGCAGGUGCCUGGGCUAUUGGAUCAGCACUUUUGUCCCAAGUGCUGGAUUCCACCCAGCAGCACGUCCCUAAUGGAUCAGUGACCUAUCCAGGUGGCCUGAAGACAAUUCAUUCGCUGCAAAAUGCCCGGAUUCACAUAUGCAUAUGGAAAAAUGUGAGUUGCUUGUGA